UCAAUUUCAUUCAAUUCAAUGGGACACUGUUGGAGUAGGUACAUGUACAAAAAAAUUGUGCGGUGUGCGCCACAAACCAAAUACGAUCGAUGCUACACGGUUAAUUCGUAUAAAUAAAAAACCACAAUGAGUCGUUAAAUAAUAAUCACUAUUAAAUAUUUUAAAUUAGUUUGUAUUGGUUACUUAAGUUUAAAAAGUGCAGCAAAGGUUUUCCCGCGAAAUGAGAUAUGUUUGUUUGUUAUUGUUCUGUAUUUGUUAUGUGGCUACUGGUGAUAAUGAGGACGAAAUGGAGUACCGAAGGAGGAGGAUAAUCGAGCAGUUGGUCGACACACGGCCUGCUAUACUACCUGGUUACCAGUUGGUGACCAGACAUGUGGGAGUCGACGUAUUUAUGUACAGAACUUAUCGCACAGUGGCAGUUGUGUUUUAUCCUGUUGCGAACGACUUGAGUGAUGCACGUUUCACGUUCCAGUGUGAAGAACUACAUUUAAAUAACAUAGGAUCCUGUAGCCCUCAAGAGGUGGUAAUCCAUCUCAAACGUGGAUCAUACCCAGCAGUUAACCCAGAUGGAUACGAUUUCCCCAAGACGUUCUUGAACCCUGCGUUAAGAGAGGAGACAAUCCACACACUGGAACUGCUGUCAGAUGGGACCAACACGACAUAUUCCAUCCAGAGUCCUAAGUCAGGAAUAUGGUAUGCUCUGGCGUAUAUAAAAUGGCAGGAUCCGAGAGCGCAAAAGGUUGAACAGCAAGGUUUAGUCGCUGACUGCCAUACAAUCUUAUACACUGACCUCCAAAUAAAACCACACGAUCCUGUCAGAUAUUUAAACUGCUACAAAAGCCUAACAGUUGAUUACGACGAAUUACCAGUGCAAUACAAGUGUUUAGCUCGAGACGGAUUAGAGCCCAUUAAACUAGAUGUAAACGUAAUUAACAAUACAAUUAGCAAUGCAUACAUAACAGUCAAAGUACAGUCUAACUCCCCGCCUACAGAGAACGAUUACAUACUUUACUGCAAGUUCCCAUCGCAGAAUAAAACUCAGAUGGUAAUGUUUCACACACAUCCAAAAACGCAUCACUAUAUACAACUAGACGUUAAUGAAGGCAACGGUACAGAUAUUAAGGAUUGUGAAUCUUAUGAUGAAAACAAUUUCGAUGAAAACGAAAAUCGAUCCUUAACCGCUUUAAUGAGGGACGAUCAGGACAGAUUUUUCACUUUCGCCUUUGGAUUGCCGACUACUGAUCUACAGGAUGUAACUAGUUUAAUCAAUUUGACGGCGAGCGAAAUAAAGGUUUUGAGGUUCGAAGUGAACCAAUUUUUAGAUAUAGGUGGGAGUUUAGCGAUUGAAUCCAGUCUGAUAAUAAUGAGCAAAGGAUACUAUGGAGGAUAUAAGAGAGAAAGAGUGAAGGGAACUCUGCUCGGUUUUACAGAGGACAACCAGUUUUUCAAGGUCGUCAUAUGUUUAAACAUUGGUCACGCUAGUAUACCAUUGCAAUCUGGUUUUUGUAGAUUUAACGAUAAAUUGACACCGGCUCUGUUUGUGUUAAACAGCACAGAUUCUGAUUCUAUAUACGACAAAAUGAUCAUUCCGUAUCCAGAAGGAGGGCUGUGGUAUUUAACAAUGCGUUUGUUCUGCGACAAAGUCGUCUGUCCCUGUCCCACGUCUGCAGAUGGGACGAAGUAUUACGUUGGCACGACAGAGAAGGAUAGUGACGACUUGAGUACAUUUUCGAAUGUAACUCGGGAUGGUGUGACAGCUUGUAAUACUACUGUGUUGCUGUCCCUGUCUUCCGCUUCGUGUGUGAGCGGGAAAUGCAGCAACCAUGGCAAUUGCGGAUUGAAUACCUUCAGCGGACUGGUCAUGUCGUUUUGUUCGUGCUCUGCAGGAUAUGGAGGUUGGGACUGCUCAGACGAAUCCCGAGUGGACAGUCUCGCGUACAUGCUUGUAUCGGUAUUCCUGCUAACUCUCAGCAAUCUCCUCUUCUUCUUCUCCAUCUACGUGGCGACAAUACGCCUGUACUACGUCGAAGCUGUCAUGUAUGCAUUCACCAUGUUGUUCUCCACAUUCUACCACGCUUGUGACGCUCCCGCCCAAGUCGCCUACUGCAUCAUGAGGGGUAACAUUCUCCAAUUCGGUGAUUUCUACUGCGGACUCAUGUCUUUCUGGGUGACUCUUUUAGCUAUGAGCAUUAUAGGUUUAAGUUUGAAAUCGUUCCUCCAAAUAAUAGGUGCAAUUGUUAUAGCUUUAUUGACAACGUGGAAUAUGCAUUCCAUUGUGUCGUUUCUGUUACCGGUCGCUUUUGGUGCUGUUGUUAUGUUGAUUAGUUGGUACGUCGACUAUAGGAAGACCAGAUUCUUUAGAUACCCCAAAUCGUAUUAUUCUAUAUACAUGCCGUUGGGUUUAGUUUUAGUCUCUGUUGGGUUGAUUUGUUACGCUUUUCUGCAAACUGAACAGAAUUAUAAGAUAGUUCAUUCGUUGUGGCAUAUGAUUAUCGCUGUGAGCGUUGUUUUCCUUUUGCCGGAUGUGCGACGUCGAGCAAGCAACCCGUUCGUGCCAAAUAGGGAGUGUUUGAAGUCGCCAUUUUAUAGUUACUUCCGUCGCAGUAGACCGCAGAGUCCGUGAAAUCUGCUAUCUUAACACACGAAGUCCCUUGACGAGAAAUCGAUCUUAACCGACUUCAAAAAGGAGGUUUUUUUUAUUCGUUACAAGUUAGCCCUUGACUACAAUCUCACCUGAGGCCUAGUGGCAGUUUGAUACUGCUACUAUCGAGUUAACGUAAACGCGAAUUUCCAAAGAAUUGAAACAGCGCCAUCUAGUGGCACUACUGCACAACUGUUUCCAUAUAAAUUCGCGUUUACGUAAACGGGAUAGUAACAGUAUAAAAAUAUUGAAAACUCACACUAGGCACACUGAUGGUAAGUGAUGAUGCAGUCUAAGAUGGAAGCGGGCUUACUUGUUAGGAGGAUGAAAAUCCACACCCUUUCGGUUUCUUCACGACAUCGUACCGUAACGCUUAAUCACUUGGCGAUACGUUUUUGCCGGUAGGGUGGUAACUAGCCAUGGUCGAAGCCUCCCACCAGCUAAAUAUCAUUCGUAGUUGAUUGGUAUUUUUUUUUACUUUGUGCAAUGUGUACCUAUUUGCUAUUGUUUUCGGGCGGGCUGCCGGAAUCCUACAGAACAUUUAUUGGCGACCCGCCCGAGGGCUCCCGGUAGAUGACACAUUAAUAGGGAAUAUGCAUGUAUUUUCACAGAAUAAAGAAUGAUACAGAAUGAGUUUUUACAAGCAGCGCGGUGAGGCCGGGAAACCAAAAAAAAAAUAAUAAACGUCACGCGUCUUUUUUCAUAAUUUGUAUUUUAAGAUUUAACACUAACAACAAUUAAGUCUUGAUAUCACAAUAGACUAAUAAUAAUCAGUAAUUGCCUAUGAAAAAAUACUCCAUGUUAUUUUUUUAGUUAUUGUAAACAAUUUUUAAAAUAUGUAUUUAAAAAACAAAACACCAUUUUUUUUAAAUAAUAUUAAAAAUUACUGAUGCGACGCUUUGUGUUGUAUUGACUCGAAUAUGUAUUAGUUCUUGAAUUUGUAUUUAGAAUAGCUGCCUGCCGCGUGCUGUACGCUCUAUCUGCCUAUUAUUCUUUAAUCUGUGGGUUUUUUUUAUAUUUUUCCUCUUUAUAAUAAUACACUGAAAUGUUUAAUUUGAUAAGGUUGUAUGGUCACUCAUCUUUGCCUGUCUCUUGGGCACAAAAUAAUAAAAACGAUGUGUAAAUAAUGUUGAGUUGAAAAAUGAUUUAUAUAUAGGUACAUAAAAAGAAUUUAUUUAUCCAAUGUAUAUAAAGUGCAAGAAUUUUAUAGUUUUUAAGAUAAAAAUGGUUACUCAAAACUAAUUAUAGUUUUCCUAGUCGAGAUAUAAUUAUGAAUAACUUGAACAAAUAUAUAUAGAAUUUAAUAUUUUUACUCUGUAUUUACAAGACAUAGUGUUGAAUGUUUAUGAGAUUAAAUAGGUUUAUAAUUAUAAUGUUCAUGUGACAAUACUCAUAGGAUUUAAGCAGGUCACAGCUCACUAUAGUUGCCACAUAGCAGGAGCAUUGAGAGCGAGGCGAUCUGUAUGCCUAGCGUGCGACCAACGACAUAUCUCAUGAUGAGAAAUAGACAAAAUGUUAAACAAUGGCGGCGGAGUAGUUUCAGUCCCAUCUUUAACGUCUCAAAGCAACGAAACAGUGAUAUUUCCAGUUGCACUGCUAUUGGUCGACAUUUGUCUAUUUUUAUUUAUUCAAGACAAGAGGAGCCGGCAAAGCUUCGCUUUGACACUACACUUCUUCCCUAUCCCCUACCCUACCCUACUCGUACACUACCCGUACCCUACCCUUAUCCUAAGAUAGUCACAAAUACUCUGCAUACCAAUUUUUAGCUUUCUACCUUGAAAAUUGCGGAAUGCUCCAUACAAAACUUCCACCCCCCAUUUUAGGGAAGUGGGGUGUAAGAAAGAGACAAAAACUAGUCCAUGUCACUCUCCAUACUUUGAACUAUCUCCACUUAAAAAAAACACGUCGAUUCGUCGCUCCGUUUUGCUGUAAAAGACAAACAAAUAGACUACAAACACACUUUCACAUUUAUAAUAUUAAAGUACGGAUACGUCGUUUGGUCGCAUGUUAGGCCUACAGUGGUGCUUACAUGUAACCAACGAGAUCAGACCCUAAGAUUCACUGUAUACUAAGAUAUACCCUACUAAACGAAUUAAAGUUUAUUUUUGUCACAUUUCUACUCCUUGCGAUGCGAUGCAAUGCUCACUAUUAUGUUAUUGUUUAAACUUUAAACUAAUAAAAUAUAUGCUAAUUAGUAAAUAAAAUAAACAUUUGCUUUUUUAAUUAAAAGGUUAGCCUAUUUACUAAUUUUAUGUACAUCACAAAUUUUCAAUCAGGUAGAUAUAAGUUACUAUGUAAUAGAUUUUAUACAAUGAUCAAAAUACUAUUUCUAUACAUUUAUUUAGUUAUACUUUUUAUAUUAGGGGCCGGUUUCACCAUUCGAUAAGUGUCAAUUAGUCUAACCUUAUAUUUUGUCACUUUCUUACUUUAUAUCAAAUGACAAAGACAAAAGCUAUGAGACACUCGGACACUUAUCAAAAGGUGUUGAUAACGGCCCUUAACCUUAUUAUUUGUGUAAUUUGUCCCAAAAGAAAUACAUCAUUGUUAUAGUGCCAUUUUAUUUGAACUGGCAUAGUCUUAAAUUUUAGUUUUUAAACAUUCCAGUACAUACAUAUUAUAGUGAUAAGUUUUUAUUUUAAUUUAAUUCAAGUCGAAAUUUUAAUUUUUCAAAUUUAUUCAUAACCAAUUUUUGGCGUUUUUCUGUAUGUGGUUUGCUUAAAUCAUAAUUGCGGUCACGAACAAAUAUUAUAUUCCUGGUCUCAAGGACUAAAUAUCUAUUUAGUAAAUAUAUAAUAAGAUAUCAUCCUCGAAAUUCAUCCAUCCAAAUUGCGUUUUAGCUCGUUAUAAUGUAAUGUAGUCUUUACGUCCAAGAUUUGUACCACUUGUUGUACCGUCAGUGGUGUAACUGUAACAUUUGAGGCCUUCAACAAAUUCAUUGGAUGAGGCUCUAGAAAAAAAGGCCCCACAAUUUUUUUCAUGUUAGUCACAGAGUAACCAAAUUGUGUGUUACAAGCCACGUACUGGAGCCGGUGAAACUUAUUAAAAAAAAACAAAAGUCACGCGUCUCCUUGACAACCGCGUAUACAAACUUAUUUCAUAAUUUAUAUUUCAAAAUUGAGCACUUACAAUUACGUAAAUUAAUAUAAUAAUCAAUAAUUAAGUACCAAUAAAAAAUACACCUUAUUUCUUUAACUUUUGUAAACAGUUUUUUAAAUAUUUAAAAACAUAAGACGCCAUAUUUCUUAAAUAAUAUUGAAAAUUACUGAUGCGACGGUUCGUGUCGUACUGACUCGUGAAUGUAUUACUUUUGAAUUUUGUAUUUGGAACGGCUACGACACCGUCGUGUUCCGUACGCUCCAUCUGUAUAUUAUUGAUUAAUCUGUGAUGUUAGUUUACUUUUGAGCUCACAGUCUCUCCUGCCACAGUUACGCCACUGCUUGUUACCACUCUUAGUGCCUUAAAGUUAUGUUAUUUUUCACCUUAAAAAAGGUCAUGUAAUUUUAACAUCACAAUAUUUCUCUUAAUCUUUCAACAAAGCAAAAAGCCUGUGCUAGAAUUAUGGACGAGAAUACUUAAUCCAGAAUUCUUGGCCAAGAAAGUUACGGGGUACCUGCUUUAAGUGAUUUUUUUUAUUUUCGUUAAAAUACGUGGGAAAAAUGUAAUUUUUCAAACGGCAUUUUUUAUGAGAGUAGAUGAAUAAUAUUCUUUUGGUUAAUCAUAUUUUUGAGAUUAAACAUAGAAAUAUUAUAGUGCACAAGUGUAUGCGCAAACACAGGUGCACUCUCACUCUAUUCGCUAUUUCUAACUGGUAUGUAUUUGAGAUUUACAUAAGUCUAGUAGUAUGGGGCUACUAAAGCCAGCAUAUGAGACUAAAUGUAAAUAUACAUGUCUUAUUCCUGCACAGGCUUUCCUCGUAUAAUCUGGCAACUUCAUUGACGACACUCCCAUGAUAUGCGGGCGACGGGGGGAAAGACUGCGCAGGUGUGAAGUGCGUGCAGGGAAUUGAGGAGCGUAAGUCGUGGAUUUUUCAUUCAUCGCUACAUACACCCCGGCCCGCACGGAUCAUCGAGAGUGUUACAAACGAAGUUGCCAAGCUAUAGUUAACUCUUCCUUUCAUGUGUUCAAAACGUACACCGUUUACGUCACCACUUUGUUAUUAGUGCCAUAUAUAUUUUUUUUAUCUUAAUAACAAUUUGCUAUUGUAGAACCUUAUACCAUGGUUGUAGAAACUGAUAUUGUUAGUUUUUUUUUAUUUAUUAUUAUGUUAUCAUAAGAAUUAGAAUAUUAGGUCGAUAAAUAUUUCAAUGGGACCACACUAUGCCAUCUACCUAUGCUUCUUUUGUUCUUCUAAUAAUAAUUAAUUUAAUUAAGACAAGCAUUAAGCUAGUUUUUAUUUAUUUAUUUAUUACUCUUUAUUUGUACACCACAAUAAAUAAAAGAAAACAAGCAGAACAGACACAUAAGAAAAAGUAGAAUACUAAAUAUCGCACAGUAGCGAUCUCUUCCAGGCAACCUUACCUUAGGUAUUUUUAUGGUAAAGGGGAAUGUCCAUUCCCGGCCCAGACCUUUCGUCCCCGCCCCCCACUUUACAUAAAACUAAAAAAUACUUGAUAAUUUUUGUUUAAUAAUGAAUAAAUUACUUUAUCCAUAGCGGUUUGCUAUAACUUUCCCCAAAAAAUAAGUUUCACAACGAUAUUUGACAAUAUUGUAGUUGUUGUAUGACAUUUUUGAAGACACGAACAUGAACAGUGUUGCCAGCUAAGUGAUUUAUUUGGUUUAAUCAAUAUUUUAACCGAAUAAUAAUAAUCGAUCUUUUUCUACAACAAAAUCACCUGGAAAAGCUAAAGUUGUAAUAGUUGUAAUAGAUGUUUAUAUGAUGAUAGAUGUUGUAUUAGAUGUUUUUGAUUAUAAUAUCUGCCUCACUCUUUAAAAACCAUUGCAUAGUCGACAUUAUAAAACGUUUCUUGAUAUCAAAGUACCUAUUAUAUUUUUCGCAAUAACCAACCACUAAGAACUCAACUGAUUUUUUUAGUUUAAUCGAUAUUUAAAUGGAUAAUAAUAAUAAUCGAGCAUAACAUUAGGAACCUAGGAUCACUGCGUAGAAACAUUACCAACUGCGCCAUUUAAAUACUAUCUAUACUAAUAUUAUAAAGCUGGAGAGUUUGUUUGUUUGUUUUUGAUUGAACGCGCUAAUCUCAGGCACUACUGGUCCGAUUUGAAAAAUUCUUUCAGUGUUAGAUAACCCAUUUAUCGAGGAAGGCUAUAAGCCAUAUAUUAUCUCCGCAUUCCUACGGGAACGGGAACCACGCGGGUAAACCGCGCGGCGUCAGCUAGUAUAAUAUAUAAUAUGAGUAGUAGCGCAAGCCCGUAACUUCGGCGCGUGCAAUGCGGUUUUUUUAUACAAUUUUUCCAUACUCUAUAUAAGCUAGCUACACGAUCGGCCAACGCGCAAGCUACAGCUAUACUAAGCUGAUAUAAAUAAGUGGUCAAAGUGGUCUUAAUAGUUGAUAUUCAAUCCCUUUCUUCCGAUAACUUUUUCCUUUCAUCCGAUCUAACUAAAUCAAAUUCUAUAUAUUUCUAUGUAUGUAUAAAUAGUAUACAUAUUGUAGAUAAUAUAUUAUGUUUACAUAAUACAUUGACAUAAAAUUGCAGGCGUCCGCAAUUUUGUCCGAGUGAAAACGCAAUAUCAUGACAAACUACUUGUAUAAACCUUCUUCUUGAAUCACUUUAUUUAUUAUUGAAAACCAAUAAAAACCAUUGCGUCGUGUAAAAGAUGUUGAAAACAAUGACGUGUUAUUCUAGUAAUAAAAUUAUUCAAUUAGAAAUCGAUACGAAGUUAUUCGAUUUUUCGUGUUUCGUAUGGCAACAUCGAUUUGACUUUUGGACAGAUAAUCUGUUGAUGUCAAUAAUUGUCAAUGUCAUUCUCAUUUUAAUAAUUAGUUAAUGUCAUUGAAUUAAUUUACUGAUUUUGUCUGUUUUCUGUUUACCUUCAGUAUUUUUUGAACCGAAUUAUAAUUUUUCAAACCACAGCUAUAAUAUAAAUAAAACUUGCACGAAGUUAAAUUCGAAAUUCGAAUAAUGUUGACCCUGAACCGGAAAAAAUACAAGUUUAUUUCAGCUCUCAAAUGUAAAUACAAGAGGACAUUUACGCUGCAUUAAUCAAUGUUAAUAUCAAUAUUAAAAUUAUUAUAGUUGGCAUCAAUUGUCAAUAAAAUGUCACGAAAAUACGAAUACAUUAUGUUUGAAACAUGCUCGUAAACAAGUACACAGCAGGUGCAGGCAGCACAAAUAAUGUUUGAUCCAUUUUUAAUGUGAAAAACGAUUAUUAUUCAUAAGAAAUAAUAUGUAUAACUUUAAUAAUUUUUGUCAUGUUAUUGUGUCAAGUCACAACAGAGUGUAGUUUCCCAUAUAAGUGUUGAAGUGUCGCUCAGUGUAUUUUUAUGACUAACCAAUAUUGCUGUAUUAAAAAGUACAUUUACUGUGUAAUUACUGGCGUAGAAGGCAUAACAUCUAGUCAGAUGUAGGACAGCACAUAGGUUUUCUUGCAUUGUUGAUGGUUUGUUCAAGCAAUAUUUAGUGCAUAGAAGUAUUAUAGUAUAUUUAUCCUACUUUCCUGAUUAAUAUUAAAUGUGAACUGUGAGUUUGUAUGUCAGUUUGCUACAUUUUCACACCCUAAACCAAUUUUAAAACAGUAAUAAAUUGUGCAUACUAGAGAAUUAUCUUAAUUCUCUGCGUGUGUGAAGUCUGGCAAUCCGCAUUGGGCCAGUGUGGUGGACUAUUGGUCUAACCCCUAUCAUUCUGAGAGGAGACUCGAGCUCAGUAGUGAGCCGAAUAUGGGUUGAUGAUGACGACGAAUAAAUUGUGGAAUAACAUAACAUUAUUAAAUCCACUAAGUAAACCAAUUUUAAAACUCUGAUUAAAUUAUUUGCUGGAUUUUCAUAUUUUAUUACUAUUUCAGUUAUCCAGAGUCAUCCCAAGUUUGUCAAAAUUGCUGGAAAACGACUGAUAAAGCAGCAUCUUGCUCAACUGAAGAACAGAAAAUAAUUAUGUAAUAGCGACAAACACUCCAAAUCAAUGUUGUUUUCCUCGCUGUAAUACAUUUGUAAAUUCAUUUAUUUACAGUGCUUGUAAACUAAGCCUUGGUUUUGCAAACAAGCACUUUUGAAAUAAUAAGGUUGACUAUUUGUCCAUCUCCAGACAGACAGACAGACCUCAUCACCAGAUAGGAAGACAAGUUCUGCUGAGGAGAGUCAGCAAGAAACUCAACAGUCACUCUUUUUUAGAAAAGUAAUACAAUAUUAUAAUUUACAAUUGUUAACAUCAUUACAAUAAUUUCUUCUAGUAGAAGCUGAUCCAAUGGCCUCCAAGUAGUGGUGUGCACUAAAGUACUGCAUAUCCUAAGAGUUGUCUUCAUUAGUAAAUACAGAUUUUUCCACUUUGCUUAAUUUUAUUACUAGUGCAUACCCUGAUCGACAACCAUAUGCACGCCACUGCCUGGUUGGUUGGUUGUUUCAUUUAUUGAUUUAUUUGUUAAGCUUGUUGGUUACAUAAAACAAUAAAUCUAUUCAUGUACAGCUUUAAUGUUACUUCAUCUCUGGUGUACUUUUUGAGCAGUGAGAGUGAUAAAAUAAAAUAUUUUUUUUUUAUGUCUAGCAAACUUUUAUUAAAAAAAUUAUUUAACCAAAUCCUUAUUUAUACAUCAUAUUAUCAUCUCCAUAUACUUUUAUGGGGGGGCGUAACUGGGUUUCUUGGGCCAAAGUUGUAUGGGCUGGUGGACAUUCCCCUUUACAUGUUUAUUUACUACUAGCAGACGCCCGGGACUUCGUCUGCCCUUAGACCUCUUUAAUCCAGCCCUUACAGUAGUAUCGCUGUAAAAAUGGUGUAACUUCUCCCGUUUCCCCAACCUUUCCCUUUACUACUCUGCUCCUAUUGAUCGUAGCGUGUUGAAAAGUAUACUAUAAUAGGAGUAUGAAGAAUAAUUGUACCAAGUUUCGUUAAAAUCUGUCGAGUAGUUUUUGUUUCUAUAACGAACACACAGACAGACAGACGAAAAUUUUACUGAUUGCAUUUUUGACAUCAGUAUCUAUCACUAAUCACCCCCUGAUAGUUAUUUUGGAAAUAUAUUUCAUGUAUUAUUAUAGUAUAGAUAUGACUUAUUUAUUUGUUAUGUGGUCAGUGGCGUAACGCGGUUGGUUGUAAGUGUAACUACAUUAAUUUCCCUGUUCCCGCAACGUUUGCUAGUUGUCACUAACGCCACUUGGUAACUCUAAUAUGACUUAUUUAUUUGUUCUGUGGUCAGUGGCGUAACGCUGUAAGUUGUAACUACAUUAAUUUCCCUGUCCCCGCACCGUUUGCUAGUUGCUACUUACGCCACUUGGUAACUCUAAGAUAUGACUUAUUUAUUCGUUCUGUGGUCAGUGGCGUAACGCUGUAAGUUGUAACUACUUUAAUGUCCCUGUUCCCGCACCGCAAUUUUGCAGGUUGCUACUUACGCCACUUGGUAACAUUAGGUCACUCAGCUCUUUUAUGUCCAAGGCUAAUAUUGUCGUUGGAAUCCUGUAUUCUACUACACACAGUGCUACCUACCUUUAAUACAUAUUCAAUAUUUUCAUAUACUCGUAUUACCUGUACAUAUAAAUUAUUCAUUAAAAAAAAAAAAUUACUUUUAACACCAAUAUUUUAAGCACUCGUUAGAAAAAAGAAAUCCACUCAUUUCCUCCUAAUACUUUUAAAUACCUACAUGUGUGUGAAAAAAACACGUUUUUUUACUCCUAAUUUUUAUACAAUUAUCAUGUGUUAGUUACCUAUAUACAGGGUGUCCCGAAGAAAAACAAUUGGAAUGUGCACACUUUAAUUUUUUUCUUGUAUUCAAAAUUCAGCACCUCCCAUACAUUUUUACCAGCCACUUUGUAACUACAAAGAGUAGACACAAGUUUUAUACCAAUUUACAAACCUCACUAAGUGUACAAGUUUUUAAAAUGAUGGUACUUUUUUUUAACUUAUUUUUUUAAAUCAGGUCAUCUUAAUCAAAGAAAAAUAAUUAUUGCACUCAAAGCGUCUUCUACAAAACAAAUAAAACAUUAUUUAUAAACGUUACCGUACGCUUAUAAAGACGUUUCGUUGGUAAUUUAUUCCGUAAUGUAUGACUAAAAUCAGAUCUUUAAAAUCUUAAUUACAACAGCUACAGCAUUGAAAAAACUGUUUUAAGAUCCGAAAAUAAAAUAUAACUUGGUCAUCCAUUUUUUUGGAAAACUAUUUAAAUUAGUUUUAGAACAUUAAGUGGUGUAUCUACUGUUUGCGUUAUAUCCAUUAACUACGGGACACCCUGUAUAUUGUACACUUGGGUAUAUUGGUUCUUUGUUACUGAAUUAUCAGUUUUGUUAACUUAUGUUUUCAAUCAUGUGCUAAGUAUUUAUGCUGAUAUGAUGCUAUUUUAUAGUGCUGAUUUCCUAUCGAUAUUGUUAAUUAUGUUGUAUUGUAAUUUGGAAUUUAUAGUUGUUUUUUUAGUAUAACAGCAAUUAAAGACAUGAAUACA